AUGUAUAGUCUAAGCACUACUCUUUUGCUGCUGCAUGGCUCACUAACUGUUCUCUCUCUUUCCGUUGCAAGGAGUGUCUGUUUCCUGCAGGAGAAAAAUAAAGAAGUAUUCCUGUUCCUGCUGCUUAGCAAAAUUUGCUCUUUCUUCCUGUUCUCAAAGGGCACUCUUCUUGGGCGAACUAUUGAGCAAAAGUAUGCUGCUUUUGUGACCGUUUUCGAGAUACUUUCUGGAGGGUAUUUGUCGCAUGUGGAGAAAAUGCGGGUUCUUGACGCUUCUUUGCUCGUCUUCGUGAAUGGGCUUUCCCUGUGGGGGAUACUCGCGGGAAUCCACAAUACGCACAUGCAGGUCCCGUAUAAAACGCAGAGAAGGCUUCUUUCCGGGGAAAUGGAGAUUUUAUGCUACAAUAUAACGACGGCUGGGGAGAUACUUCUCUUCAUAUCGCAGUUCGCCUGCACUUUGUACAUAAUAUCAGAGACCCCCGUUGUUUCCAAGGUUGUAGUUUCUGUUUUUCUCCUGCAAAGUAUUUGGGGGUCUGGAAGGGCGCUGAUAUUUUGCAAUGUAAUGGCGAACCUUUGGGCGUUCAAGGACGUUCUUAUCUCCCCGUCUAUGUGCAGCAUAUCCCUGUUCGUCUCCAGCACGGCCACUUUGGGGGCUCUCCUCGCAGGAAACUACCUCUCCUGGAGCAUGCGAAAUCCCACUGCGCAAAGAGUGACUGUCGAGUGA